AUGGGUGCCCAAUGGAGUGUCUAUUACUCCUACACCUUGGGCGAACCUUUCGAAGUUGCCUCCGAUAUUUGGGAAAUUUGCCCGGCAGCAAGAAAAGACGAUGAUGAGGAAUUUACAGUGUUUAUACAUGAUAAAGAAGAGCAUCAGAAUAGCGGAGUUGACUUAGCAAUUAAAGUGAGAACUUUAAUAUGUUUUAUGCGUAUGUUUAUAUAAAAAUGACAAAUAAGUGAAUAUUGAGAUGUAAUGAUUCUCAUCGAUUAACCAAAUAGUAUUUAUAAUUUAUUAAUGUAGCAGUAAAAUCAUUUUGAAUUUGGAAGUUAUUUACAUCGAAGAUCAAUAUAUUAACUUAUACAAUGUGUCACUUUGUUACUUUCUGUCUAAUGCCAGACAAUUUUACUUGUUAAGGGGGGACAUGCCUGGGGUUAAUACUUGAACCUUUAAGGCCAAUUAAAAAUAAUUUUGGUCUUUUGUAGUAUUUGCGAACAUUGCGUCAUCCGGGUUUACUAAAAUGUCAUGAGCUGUUUGAUGAGCCGACAGAGGUGGCUGUUGUUACCGAGGCUGUCCUACCAUUGGCUGAUGUGAUUGCUGACCUUCAUAUAUUUGAAGUGAUUGCUGGAAUACAUGAUAUCAUUGUCACACUCACUUUCCUACAUGACAAGGUAGUCCAUGGUGGUCCAGUGUAGGUAGUAUUCUACAAUAAGUUGUUGUGGUUUGUGCUUGAACUACCUGAAAAAGAUAUCUCAAACAUGGUUGUUGGUAGUUUUCUACAAUAAGCUGCCGUGGUUUGUGUCUGAACUGCCUGAAAAAGAUAUCUCAAACAUGCUGGUCCAGUGUAGAUAGUAUUCUACAAUAAACUGUCGUGGUUUGUGUCUGAACUACCUGAAAAAGAUAUGAUAAUCUCAAACAUGGUGGUCCAGUAUAGGUAGUAUUUUACAAUAAGCUGUUGUGGUUUAUUGUGUCUGAACUACCGGAAAAAGAUAUCUCAAAUGUGGUGGUCCAGUGUAGGUAGUAUUCUACAAUAAAAUGUUGUGGUUUGUGUCUGAACUACCUGAAAAAGAUAUCUCAAAUGUAGUAGUCCAGUGUAGGUAUAGUAUUCUGCAAUAAGUUGUUGUGGUUUGUGUCUGAACUACCAAAAACAUGAUACCGUACCUCAAAUGUGGAGAUCCAUUGUAGGUACCGUACUGUAGUAUACUAAGAUAGGCUGACAGGAGCUUGAUUUCUGUAAAUAAUAUAGUUUGCCUUGAUCACAUCCAAGAAACCUGUUAAUUGUUUGACAUUCCCAACAUUCAUGCUUUGUGCCAGCGUAGGGUCUAAAAAAAAAUACCUGUGGUUCCAGUUUCCAAACAGACCCUAUUUUUUUCUGCCGACCCUAUUAUUUUUUCAACAUGAUUGACCGUGUGACCCUAUUUUCUCUGAGUGGUUGCGGGCUGCUCAUACAGCGUGCCAAAAUGAUGUCUGUUGUCACAAUAAUUAUUGAACCAAAUUGCCUAAAUUUGUCCAUAGGAACUACGCAUCUCUAGUUAAAUUAAUAUUGAUGUCUGGACACUACUGAAAAUUGCCCAGCAAAAAAAACACCAAAACCAUGAAAAAAUUAUUCAAAAAAAAUUUUAUUUCUGACCUACCUACCCUAAUUUUUUCGUGAUAUGAAAUCUGAACCACAGGUAUUUUUUAGGCAUAGGCAAUGGCAAUAACACCAGAAAGCUUAGGAUUGAAAGAGAUUUAUCUAGCUGAAAAAUACAAGCAAAACUUUGAUGUUUCAAGCAAAGGCUGUUUAUCAGGAAAUUACUAUCCUUUCAAAUGAACCCUAAUCAUGUUUUCUCCAGGUACUCAUGAUGCAAUCGAUUUCCUUUGUUGUAGUGCAAGCUCUCUCAUAACAACUUAUCGCUGGACUCUGUAUUUGUUGGUCAAAAUGAUGCUUGCUGGAAGAUUGCUGGAUUUGAAAACAUGUGUUCAUUUAGUGAGAUUGCCAAGGAGGUGAAUAUCUUAUUAUCUUAGCUUCAUUUUUACACUCAGGCUUGUUGUUAUUGAGAUUAUGACAAAUAAACACUGUCAAAUUGCAUUUUGGUGUAUAUUUGCAGAAGUUAAUGAACGACAGUCUUGCUCAUGCGAAAGAUGCAUUGGGUUUGGGGAAACUUAUCUGUGACAUUUUAGAGCAGGUGGAUUUAUCAGGUACAGUACUGAGUAGAGGAAAACACUACUCAUACAGUUCAGUCUUUAUUUAAGCUUGGUCUCCAUAUGACCGUAUGGUCUCCAUAAACUUAUGUCUUAUGGUCUCCGUAAAGACUGAGUCACAUUGUUCUCAACAGGUGAAAAUACAACAGUUUAGAACUGAAAAUACAGUAGGCAGAGUGGUUAUACCUAGAGAAUAGUGCCUGCCUGUGAUGAUUUACUCACAUGUAUGUGGUUUAUAGGUAAAAAAAAAAACUAUAAUUAUAAUCUGGCUGUUGGGAAAGACUGACUCUAUCUUUAUGACUGUUACCACUAUAUGGGAACUUGUUUCUAAUAGUACCUUGACAAUUAAGCCAGCACUGACUCUAUUUCAUGUGUUGGUUGUUGUUCAAUCAUGAAUGAUGUAUUUCAUAUUCUGUCUAUAUUGUAGAUGAGUUGUCUAUCACUAAUUUCCAACAAAGAAUACAACAGGACAUUGUGGAGGCAAGCUUAGAGGUAUGGGAAACAGGUCUAACCAGGGGGGUACCAGAAUACAAAUAUGCUCCAUAAUCCUGGUUCAAUAUACAAGUAGACCUAUUAGAAUCCAGGCCACGUCUGUCUGCCUGAGUACAUAAUAUUGGGAAAAUUUGUGAUACUUUAUACCCAUAUUUCAACCAAUUUUAACAAUAAUCAAAAGUAUAUCAAAAGUAAAAUGGUCUAAUAUCAAAAGUAUAUCAAAAGUAAAAUGGUCUAAAUUCCAAUAUAUACCUGAAACCCUUGACUGGGGGCCCUAGUCUUUUCCUAACAAGCAUUUGUCCAAUAAUGCAUGGGUAGGAAUCUUCCAUAUCAAUUAAAAUAUUUUCGUGCUAAGAGAGAGAAAAAUAUAAGAACCCAUAAAGGAAUGGUGCAUUGCAGCUUAUUGGGCAAAUUUUGUUAUUUUUCAUUUCAGAAAAGACCUGAAGUUAGAAGCCUUUUAGAUGAUGAAAUUUUUCAGUGAGUUCAAUUUUGGAUAUAUACUUUAGUUAUACAUGAAUGAAAAUGUCAGUAUAUUGAAAUAUUGUCUAACUCUAAUCAUGUUAAUCUGUUGUUCUUUAUAGGAACGAAUAUUGUGAAAUUUUAGACUUUCUGAGAAAUAUAACAGUUAAAACCAGCGCAGCAAAAGCCACCUUCUUCAAGACGCUUCAUGAGAGAUUACAUGAAGUACCUCCACAUGUGAUAGCCAACCGACUGCUCCAUCUCUUAUUGUCCCGUUUUGUCCUCAUUGAUCCCAUUGCGGUCAACGUAUUCCUCCCUCACCUUCUAACACCCCACUCAGGUAAGAACUUCAAUUCACAACUUUGGCACACCCAGUGACCUCUAUGUAUAUCUAACAAUAAUUGCACCCUGGCCACCACGACUUUAAUUAAAAUCCCCUGAACCAAGACUUUCUGCAUUUGGUCAAAAUUCUCUAAGUCAGCCUUAGCAUAGUAGAAUCUAUAGUAAAAUCCGGGUAAGCCUAAAUGUCAAUAAGGAUUCAUUUGCAUAUGGCUUGCUAUGAAAGUUUACAUGUCAAAAUGUGCUUUAAAAUUCCCUGAGACAAAUUAAGUGUUUCUGUCACUAUGCGUUUUGAACCUGCCUGAGUCGGUCUAGGAUGAAAAAAGUUUUUUGAAAAGUCAAAAUUUGUUUGAAAUUUUCUAAGUCAGCAUCUGUGGCCCUUUUAUGUUGUAGAUGAUGAUUGCAGCGAAUCCACAGAUAUCCAAUCACUUUUACCCGAGGACUUAUACAGGUAACCAUUUAUCAGAUAUAAAGAUACGAGGCGAAGCCAAGUAUCUUUAGGUCUGAUAAAACACGCACUGCGAAUGUUUUAAAUUGCUUCAAAAACGAUCGAUCUAGUAAGUUCAUUGGCGAAGUAAUUUUCAAAAAAUACGUUGUGUAAGUCGAAAAUAUCAAAGUUAAAGUUUAUGUAAAUCAAGGGAAAUCUCUAUUGCAUAUAAAGAUACAACACGCUCAUGAUUUUUCUUUGUGUUUUCCUCAUAAAUUAUUAAUGAGUUUUUGAAAGUUACUGUUAAAUCUACUGUAUAUAUAACAGUUUGCCACUAUUGCCAGUAGAAUUAUGGUAUUUUUAUUGUGUUUUACAGAGAAUGCUGUAUUCCCAUCUUGGGAAAAUUAUUCGAAGUCAAUGAUCGUCAUGUUCGGCUGAUUUUACUCCAGUAUUUUCAUCUUUACGUUGGAAUGUUUGAUAAAAAUGUUCUCCAGUCUGUCAUUUUACCUGAGGUAAGAAAAUUAAACACUUUAAGGGCAAGAGAAUUAAACAAUAUAGAUGUCUCCGGCAAGUUAGUUACAGAAUAGAAGAAGAAGAUUUAUUACCAAUGACAAAAAUAAUAAGAAAAGAUAAAUAUAACAAGAUAAAUAGAACAAAUUAGGUAAACAGCCAACUAAAGCCCCGUUUACACUACGCUGAAUUUUUGGUACGGCACGGAUAAAUUUGGUACACGUACCACUUUUUUGGUUCUACCUAUUUAGGUAGUCCAAGAACCAGAAAAGUGGUACGUGUACCAAUUUUAUCCGUGCUGUACCAAAAAUUCAGCGUAGUGUAAACGGGGCUUAAGAGACCUUAAGGAAAGCUGCCACGCCAUGAUUUGUCAUCAAUAUAUUUUCCCAGCCAGUGCACUUAUAUGAGAGGCAUUCAUCCACUAUUUUUUUCUCAAUAUUUUGAUGGGGGUGAAUAUCUCUCAUAAGGGCACUGGCUAGCAACAUGGCGACAUCGUUGCAACGGUUACUCCAAACCAAGAAGUCCGCUUUCUCCAUGGCCUGGAUGCCGGAGUAUUAUACACGCUCGCAAAAAAAACCUCACGUCAAAUAUUUCUGCGGAAGCGUGAAACAACCUCCAACAUCUAGGGUACCACCAAAAACAUGGCUACUACAUCUAAUGAAAAAAAUCGACAUUAUUUUCUCACUGUGAUAACUGCAGGUUGAUCACCAUCUGUUGAACAAAUAGUGUUGAAACGCAGGUAUAAUGUUAUUUUCAGCUAAGACUGGGUUUGCAGGACAGUGAUGACGAACUGGUGUCUGCAACGUUUAGUGCUUUACAAUAUUUGGUUCCGUUACUGGGUGCUCACGUUAUUAUUGGAGGGGAGAGACUACGACAAUUCACCGAGCGAAGACCCAAGGUAACUGUAAACUUGGUAAAAAAAAACAUGGUAAACUUUUUUAACAAGACUUAGGCGAGUAUUAAGCAGAUUUGCUCGUUGUUUUUUUUUGUUUUUUAUUAUUUUUUAUUUCGUUGUUGUUGUUGUUGUUGUUGUUGUUGUUGUUGUUGUUGUUGUUGUUGUUGUUGUUGUUGUUGUUGUUGUUGUUGUUGUUGUUGUUGUUGUUGUUGUUGAAAUCGAAAGUUUUUAUUCAUCAGUUUUGACUAGAUAGAAUUUUUUUAUUUCUUAGUUUGAUCCUGGAGAAGAUCUGUUAUCUAGCGGUGAGUAGUCCAUAUCUUCUUUACAAGUUUUCAGAAAUACAAAACUCAUCCAGAAACUCAUUCUUCAGGGAAUGAUUGGACAUUAUUGGACUAAUCUCUUCCUUAUAUUACUCAAACAUUUUAGGAACUCAAGCACGGAGUAUAAGAGCAGAGACAUCGCAUCACAUGACUGCUAAAGUGAAACCAAGUGAAAUACGGAGUAUAAAACCAGAGUCCUCACAUCUCAUGACAACUAAAGUGAAAGAAGGGAAGAGUGAACAAGAGAAGACAGAAGAAAGAGAGAGAAGACGAGAGGAGACGAGACGGAGGAAUGAGGAGAGAAGAAAACAACGACAGAAGACACAGAUGGAAAGAAAGCUAGCAAUGAAAGGUAUUGAUGGCGUGUUUUAAAACGUAUUUUUAAUGGAGGACAUGCACUCAAAGUCUGAAUACCUCCCCCAGCGAAUUAAGUUUUGUAUCGUGCACAAAUUAUACAGUGACCUAAUAGACAAUUCCAUCUAUCGACUAUUUUUUAUCUAGAUAAGAAAGACGAAAUCUAUCAUUAUAGCUCAAAAGAGCAUCCUAAAACAAGAACUAACGUUUCUUCAUUUUCUACACAGUGAAUGUGGUGGAACACGUACAAGAAAACCUCCAAGCGGAGUCUGGGGAAGACUUCCAUUCUUGGGACAAUUUUGAGAAUCAGGAGAAGGAAGAGAGAGGAGGCGAGGUAAUGAGAUAUCCCGCGCUCUGUUUCUGAGUGCUAGACAUAAAGAAAUGUGAUGUUUGUGAUGUUACUCUGAGUGUGGAUACACACCGAGCAAGCUGAAAAGUUUACCUGACCACGAUGGGAAUCGAACCCGCGACCUUUGGGAUACUAGUCCAAUGCUCUUCCAACUCAGAUACGAGGCUCUACCAACUAAGCAACUAAGCUACUUAGUUGGUAGAGCAUUGGACUAGUAUCCCAAAGGUCGCGGGUUCGAUUCCCAUCGUGGUCAGGUAAACUUUUCAGCCUGCCCGGUGUGGAUGCACACUCAGAGUAACAUCACAAACCUCAUAUUCACCUGAGUACAUGACACCAACAUCCACAAAAAAUGUCUAACAUUGUUUCAUUCGUACAUUUAGAUUUCGGACGACUCGGAUCACGGCCGCCCCAGUUCAAGCGAGAUAUCAAUAGACUCUGGUUUCAGUGAAAGACCUCGAAACAUUACUGAACAAACUAGCCCGCGUAGCCCGCUAACCUUGCGAGCAAACAGCGCGGAAGACACGAACAAGUCUCCUCGAGGGAAAGCCAGUUUUGGUAUGAAACUUGGGAAGCCAAAGCAAGGGAACACAAAUAAGGAAAAAGAGAAACGCAUACCUUUGAAAGAUUUGGCAAAACUUGCUAAUGAAAAUAAAGGUUUAGGGGAGAAUAAAGUUGAAAAUAGCCAAGGGAAUGUUUUAUGGAUAAAUGAAAGUAAUUCAAAUACAAGUGAAAUGAAGGCUUCCCCACCAGUAGAAGCGAAGUAUGAGGGUAUUUUCAAUUCAAAUGAACUUCAAGACAAUUUUAGUGUAAGUAAAUUAUCACUGGAGUCGUCGAGUCAAACGCAUAACACUAAAAAGAGUGAUAAAAAGAAUUUAACCAAAACGAAUUCUGGCCUUGACACAAAGUUAAAUAAAGCUCAACGGUCAAAUGUUCAUAAAGACAAGCGCAAGAAAACGCCGUCUCGAACGUUGGUGGAUAAACCGUGGGAUGAAUUUGAUAUAAAAGUGACGAAGAAGGAUUCUGUUAUGGAUGAUAUUUUUGCUGACAUGGCACCAACAUUGUCACAGACACGCAAAGCACCAGCCAAGAGGACGUCAAUGUACAGUGAUGCAUUAGCUGUCGUGACCCACACUGAGGUGCGCGAUGUUUAUGUCUGUUGUCAUCCAAAGAACAAGGGCUGGUUGUAUAAAACUCUUAAUCACUUUUUUAAUCACUAUUUUGUAGUUAAAUAGUGAUUAACUCUCAAAUACGCGCUUCUUAUUGGAUGACGUUUCCACUAACUAUAGUUAACUUUAAUCACUUUUUUAUACAACCGUCCCCAGGUUAUUUCGCUUGCCUCAGAGUGACAAAACGUAACAAAGCAACGGUUUUACUAACACUAACCCUAUUCCAAACACCAACUAUAACCCUAACCUAACCCUACUCCAAGUUUGUUUCUAAACCAAUCUUGAAGAAAAACGUUUUGACGAAAUGUCAUUCUGGGGUCAGCGAAAUAACGUCUUCCGUCUCAUCCAAUCAGCCUUUCUCAAGGUCGAUUUUUGCGCCAUUUUGGGGGUACUACCUCUACCACGUUUGAGAGUCUCCGCACCACGAAAUACAACUUUUUAGUAUUAUAGCCUAGUUGUUUGAAUAAUUGUAACAGUUACAACUUUCAAAAGUCGCUUUUCACGUUGAAUUGUCUAUAGAAUCUUUCACGAGGGCAGACAGUACCCCCAAAAUGGCGGAAGAGAUUAUUCGCUGGCCUCAGAGUGACAAAACGUAACAAAGCAACGGUUUUACUAACACUAACCCUACUCCAAACACCAACUCUUACCCCUAAUCUAAUCCUACUACAAAUUCGUUUCUAAACCAAUCCUGAAGAAAAAAGUUUUGACGAAAUGUCAUUCUGAGGUCAGUGAAGUAACGUCUUCCGUCUCAUCCAAUCAGCCUUUCUCAAGGUCGAUUUUUGCGCCAUUUUGGGGGUACUACCUCUACCACGUUUGAGAGUCUCCGCACCACGAAAUACAACUUUUUAGUAUUAUAGCCUAGUUGUUUGAAUAAUUGUAACAGUUACAACUUUCAAAAGUCGCUUUUCACGUUGAAUUGUCUAUAGAAUCUUUCACGAGGGCAGACAGUACCCCCAAAAUGGCGGAAGAGAUUAUUCGCUGGCCUCAGAGUGACAAAACGUAACAAAGCAACGGUUUUACUAACACUAACCCUACUCCAAACACCAACUCUUACCCCUAAUCUAAUCCUACUACAAAUUCGUUUCUAAACCAAUCCUGAAGAAAAAAGUUUUGACGAAAUGUCAUUCUGAGGUCAGUGAAGUAACGUCUUCCGUCUCAUCCAAUCAGCCUUUCUCAAGGUCGAUUUUUGCGCCAUUUUGGGGGUACUACCUCUACCACGUUUGAGAGUCUCCGCACCACGAAAUACAACUUUUUAGUAUUAUAGCCUAGUUGUUUGAAUAAUUGUAACAGUUACAACUUUCAAAAGUCGCUUUUCACGUUGAAUUGUCUAUAGAAUCUUUCACGAAGGCAGACAGUACCCCCAAAAUGGCGGAAGAGAUUAUUUCGCUGGCCUCAAAGUGACAAAACGUAACAAAGCAACGGCUUUACUAACACUAACCCUACUCCAAACACCAACUCUAACCCUUACCCCUAAUCUAAUCCUACUACAAAUUCGUUUCUAAACCAAUCCUGAAGAAAAAAGUUUUGACGAAAUGUCAUUCUGAGGUUAGCGAAAUAGUUGAUGCCAAAAAUGGCGGAUUUUGGCCUUAGUGCAGAGAAAGGCAAAUUAAUAAAUUGUCAUUUCUAAUAAACAAUGGGUUCAUUUUCAUUUGUUUUUAUUCAGGAUGUCGAUGGAUGGUUGGACGAUGACUGGUGA